UCCUUUCUCUAAGCUAAAACAAUUCAUUAAAUUAAAACACAAAACAAAUCUAUUCUCCACCCAAUUUAUGUUUACUUUUCUUUUUUAUUUUUUUUUACAAAAUUGUCUUGGUAGUGUUACAAAAAAUUAUUCCUGGGUAGAAAUUAAAACCCCUUCUUGAGAAGAUAGGGAAACAAUUUCAAUCUAUGAUGUCAUCAAGUGAGCAAAAAAGGGAAGUAGGAGGAAGAGAAGGAGAAGGAUCAUCAUCAAUGACCUUAACACAAUCCGAUCAUCAUCAUCAGCUAUCACCACCUCCUCAAUUGAGUCGUUACGAGUCUCAGAAACGCCGUGAUUGGAAUACUUUUGGUCAAUACUUGAAGAAUCACAAACCCCCGGUACCUUUACCUCAGUGCAACUAUAAUCACGUGUUAGAUUUUCUUCGAUACCUAGAUCAAUUUGGAAAAACUAAGGUACAUUUAAAUGGAUGUGUAUUUUUUGGACAAGUGGAACAAGUUGGACCAUGUACAUGUCCACUUAGACAAGCAUGGGGAAGUUUAGAUGCACUAAUUGGAAGGCUUAGAGCUGCUUAUGAAGAAAAUGGAGGAUUACAAGAGACUAAUCCAUUUGCUAAUAGUGCUAUUAGAAUUUAUCUACGUGAGGCAAGGGCAGAUGAAGACUUAAAGUUACGGAUCAACUCAAUAGCUUUUGCCUGAAUCCUAUAUUUCUAUCUAAGAAUUCACUCAAUAUCAAUACAUAUUUGAUCGUGAACACAGUACAGGAACCAGUAAACUUCAAAUUCUGAAUCUGCCUCUACUUUCGGGAACAUGAAAAGGGCACUGCAUUUGCAUGAUACUUAGAAGCUAUGAUACAGUAUUGAUCAAUAAUUUGCUGCAACUAUGGAUCACCUUGUCAUAAAGCACUGUGUAAUUUGAGCUGCUUAUGUUCCUGAAGUAGCAGCCUUUGUCGUCGUUGUAUUUGUAUAUCUGUUGUGUGCUCCCGACUCCACUGUCUAUCGACUGAUCCUUUACAAGCAUACACCCCUGCGCGUUCUGCAGAUUGUGAACAGAGCUGGCUGAGGAUCCAUACUUCAACCUCUUUUCAUGGAAUAUCAAAGUCACAUUCGAGAUAGAAGCAUAGCUUUUAUCUCCUAUCUCAACACCAUCAGAGUACAAGUGAAGCUGAAACUUUUUGAAGGAUUCAAGAACCUGAACAGAAAAAGACCGCGUCUUAGCAUAAACAGUGUCAUUAAACUCAAUAGUCUUGAUCAACAACUUGCUAGUUCGCGUCA